UUUCAUCUUGUAUUACCUCUCACAAAACUCAGACAGCCAAUCAUCUUGUCUUCCGGUUGUUUGCAGCAACUGCGAGCCAACAUCAGAGAGAUGGAAAAGCUGUGCGGCCGCGUCCGUGCAGAAGAUGCGGCAGCUCUGGAGAAGCUCGUCAAGCCGGUCAAGGACCGGGCGUCGGCCGCCACGCGAGACUUCCUGCAGUUACACUCCAACCCCGCCCUUCAGAUCGCGCCUUUGACACCACCUGACUUUGCUCUGCCAUCCGGUCGGGGGCCCAGCACUCAACAUGCUGGUGACGACAUGGACGAGGAGUCCGUUUCUGGCUGGCAAAUCCACACCCAGCUGCCAGAGAUACCUGUAGAAGAGAGUGCUGCCGAGUCUUGGGAUAACCUGGAAGAGGACCUGAAGCAGCUGAGUAGUUUGGUCUCCAGCUUCUCUGUGCUUGUCCAUGUAAGUAUGAACAACAAUUGGCUUUCACAUGUUGAGCCCGUGUGCAUUUCUUUCCGCCUCGCUCUGUUUGCCUCGCUGGUGGGGCUCCUUUGAGAGCACGGAUCAGUUUAAGGACAACUGCGGGUGACCCUAGGGGGGACCCCUCAGCAGAGGGGCGGGAAAGCUUGAGCAGCAGCCAAGGGGGAGAUGGAGGAUUUGGAGGGGGAAGGAAAUGUCCACGGGCGGGGAGGUGGGCAACAUGGGGAUGCAUCGGAGCAGGUGGCGAACAGACGGCUCAGAUUAUCGGCCCGAUCCUCGGGGAUAGAGGCAGGAGAGAUUAAUUGUGGUGGAGAGGGAGAAUGAAGAUGUAGUGAUGGUUCAAAACAGGCGAGAGGAGGCACAGAAAGAGCAUCGACAUGUUGUUUUGGCAUCUCGGGUUGAGAGAGGGUGGGGGCCCUGCGGGAGUCAUAUUCUCGUACACAACCACCAUGGAUUUACUGUGCAUGUCCUGGAUGUGCUGUUUUGUGCUGGUUCCUCCAUCCAUUGUCUGACAUUUCA